UCGAUUUCGGCGGAGGGAAGCAGUGCGCGGUGCGCGACACGUCUCCGGCGCGCGCGGCCACACGGGAGCAUCAGUCCCUGUUUCACAUGGCUCUGUAUGAUGAAGACGUCCUGAAGAACCCUUUCUACCUCUCCCUGGGGAAACAGAGGCCAGACUUGUGCUCCUGGGUUGCAGAACGUAAUGGCAUUGUCCUUGUGCCACGAUGUGGGAGUCUUCACACGCGCUGCUUCCCACCAGGCUGCUUUGAGGACCACAUCCUGCAGGCAGUAGAUGGCGGCUACAGGACCUGCUGUGGGAAGGAAGUUCUCAUUGAGGACCGUCUAGUUAAGCUGGGAGAGGGCUUCCCGGUGCCUGCCGCAGUGCCCGUUCUCUUUGAGGAGACCUUCUACAACGAGAGGGAACAGAGCUACAGCAUCCUUUGUAUAGCUGGACCCAUCAGCACCGUCCACAGCGGAGUCAAUCUAGUGGGACCGCAGCCCGCCCUGGUCAGCAUGGUAUGCCGCCUCAAAGAUGCUGAGGAUGUCAGGGACUUUCUGGGGCAGCAUGCCGAAAAACUGGACGAGUUGAUUGGUGCUUUUUGUCGUGCCUUCAGGGAACAGGAGAAGAAAGGUCUUCAGUACCAUAUUGACUCGGUGAGCACGCUGUACAGGAGGUGUCUCCAGUACCUGCUGAGGGACUCGUCCCGCCUGAGAGCGUUGGCCAAGCAGGAGCUCCAGAUGAUGCUGCUGAAGCAAGCUGUCGAGAUAUACGUACAUCACGGAAUCCAUGACUUCAUCUUUCAGUACGUAGGAACCACUGAAGCAAGUCAGGAUGCAGUGUUCAACAAAACCACAAGAAGUCUGCAGGAUCUGCAGCAAAAAGACUUGGGUAUUAAAUCCGAAUUCAGCGCUAACAUCCCGCGAGCCAAGCGAGAGCUCAGCCAGUUGAACCAUUGCACCUCCCCACUGCAAAAGCUGCUGUGUCUGCGCAAGGUGGCCCUCGUGGUCAUGCAACCCCCCAGCGGCACAGUGAACCUGGGGGCCAUGUGUGCAGAUGACCUUCUCUCAGUCCUGCUGUAUUUGUUGUUGAAAACAGAAAUACCAAACUGGGUGGCCAACCUCAGCUAUAUCAAGAACUUCCAUUUAUUUCACUCAGCCGAGGAGGAGCUCAGCUACUGCCUGACGUCGUUUGAAGCUGCGGUGGAGUACAUCAGCCAAGGCCACCUCAACCAAGCUCUCAUGGACUCUGGAGAGCUGGAGCACAGGGCAUUUUUCAGACCCUACAUGAGCUUGGUGUCUCACAGUGCAUCUAGUCCACUUGACUGUCUGUUUGAGCACAUUGCCCGUGGGAAUGAGGCAGAGGUGCGGCGUUUGCUGAGCAAGGCUGAAGCCAGUGACGGUGCGCUGAGGAUGUGCCACCCGCUGUGCUCCUGUGAGCGCUGUGAGCACUGGCUCUCUGGCAGAUCCAGUGACCCAUCUGUAGUCACACCGUCCUCCCAGGAUGACAGGGGGUACACGCCUUUGCAUGUGGCUGCGGUUUGUGGUCAGCCGCUACUGAUCGACCUGCUGAUCUCCAAGGGAGCGCAGAUCAAUGCCACUGAUUACCAUGGCCUCACUCCCCUACACCUAUCCUGCCAGAAGGGUUUCCAAGAUGUGACGCUGCUGCUGCUCCACCACAAAGCUGACAGAGACGUGCAGGAUAGCAAUGGAAACACUCCUCUGCACUUUGCAUGUGUCCAUGGCCAUGAGGACUGUGUGAAGGCCCUGGUGCACUAUGACCUGCCCUCAAGUCGUCUCGAAAUCCAGAAUGACAAGGGGGACACCCCCCUUCACAUUGCGGCCCGUUGGGGCUAUGAUGCCAUCAUCAAGGUACUCCUGGAGAAUGGGGCAAACACUGCGGCACAGAACAAGGCCAAGGACACACCUCUCAAAUGCGCGCUCAACUCCAAGAUCUCAGCCCUGCUGGAGCUCAGCUACCACACAUCGUCCAGACGGGAUAGCAGCAGUGAGUGCAGGUCUUCACAAUCCUCUGGUGACUCCAGAAGUCGGCAUUCCUCCUUUUCGAGCACCUCCUCACUCAUCAGUGACGCAAGGCCUGAGAGCAGCAUGGUUCGCAAUAAAGAGGUGGAGAGGCUGCACCGGGCCGUGGCGGAUGGAGACGUGCAGAUGGUACGGUACCUGCUGGAGUGGAUGGACGAGGAGUCUGGGGACGAGGAGCCUCCGCAGCCGCAGUCUGAUCUGUGCCACCCGCUGUGCCAGUGCCCACACUGCCACCCUACGCAGAAGCCAGCCAGCUUGCCGGGGGGUGGGCUGGAUGUGAACAGCAGCAAUCCUGACGGUGUCACCCCGCUCCAUGUGGCAGCCCAACACGGUCAUGCCUCGUUGGUGCGCCUGCUUGCCCAGCGCGGUGCCGGUGUCAAUGCCCGUAAUAGCCAGAGCGCCACCCCGCUGCACCUCGCCUGCCAGAACGGCCAUUGUCAGGUUGUGACAUCAUUGCUGGAAUUCAACCCCAAGUUGAACACGAAAGACCAGCAUGGCAAUACAGCCCUGAUGUUCGCCUGUUUAAGGGGACACAUGGAUGCUGUGGCCAUCCUGCUGCAGGGUGGAGCUGCAGUCAACACUGCAAACAACCAGGGAAACACAGCUCUGCACCUGGCAGUUGAGGGUGGCCACAGAGGUCUGGUGGACAGACUGCUGCAGGCUGGGGCCUCCGUCCACCUGAGGAACAGCAGGAACAGGACUCCCCUGGACCAGGCGCAGGAGAUGGACGGAAAGAAUGGAGAGAUGGUGAGACUUAUCCAGGUUGCAGUGGGCUGCUCUCCUGCAGGUGGUGGCGUUGUGCCUGUUUUUGAGCCCCAGGUGACCCUGCCAGACAUGCAAGCAUCAGCUCAGACAGCAAAAACACUGGAUAGUCCCCACUGCGGGCAGCAGGAAGCUCUGGAGCCAGGACACCGGGGCGAACAGGAGAAACAUUCCAGUGUCCAUAAUUUCAAGACAGCUAUCACCAGGAACAACAGUGUCUCUUCUGCUGAUCCAGCGAAGCAGCUGUCCCUGAGACGGCACUGGAGAAGGACACUGCAGAGAGGAGAGACACUGCGAGCCAGUGAUCCAUCCACUUCACUGCAAGACCCAACAGAUGGAACAGAAAUAAGAAGCCCAGAGCUGCAGACAGUUCCUUCAAGUACACUGAGAAGACAGGCCAGGUGGGCAACCAUCGGCUAACUCAACAGGACGUGUGUGUGAUAUCUCAGCUCUCACCAGAUUAGGGUCUGCAUUGAGAGUAAAACUCUGAGCGGCAGGCUGAGCAGCUCAAGAUCUUCCACUAGAGCUGAAGACAGGGGGGAUAUGGAGACAUUCAGAUACCAAGAGCAUCUCUCUGGUUUUUUCUGAAGGUACUGCUCCAGGACACUUCCUAAACCUUACCCUAUCAGGCCUUAAAAAGGGAUUAUACAACUUGUAAAAGCUCUCACUGUGGCCCUUUUUGUUUUCAUAAUGCUGUGACUUGGAGGAGUUUACACACUGCCUUAGAACACUCAGAAUCCCUCUCUCUCUCUCUUCCAUAAAUUCAACUGAAACAGUAAAAAUUACUCAGCUGUGUAAAUGGGUAAAUUGUUGUAAAGUAUCUUGAGAUUCCUUUGCAGGAAAAGUGUCAGCUAAAUGAACGACUCAGUAGUAAUCACACUACUAAUACUACUAAUUAUAAAAUAAAGGAACACUGUUUAUUAUCAGUUCUAAUGAAAUGCUAAAAUUUUUAACUCUCCCUGAACAAAUUUUCAGUUCUGAUUUGUAAGCGGACAGUGUGUCUGUCGUCAGCGUUUCUGUAGUCCAGCUCUCUAAGCGAAGAGGCCUUAUGGUUCAUCUGCUUUCCUCAUGCAUCGCAUCCCACUCGCACCUCUAGUACCUUCCCUCAAACCACAUCCCCUGCCAUGGGUGCAUGCACUUCGCAGACACCUUACUCAUACUAAAUGUCUUUCCCAUCAUGAUUAAAACUGUUCUGUUCAAAUGUAUUUUAGCAGUAAUACUGAAAAAUGUGCAGAAUUAUUCAAAGGACAAUUUUCAGAUUGUUAUAAUCAUGAGAU